AUACCUGUAUAUAUCCCGUAGCCGAACCCCCUUUUUCUCCGGAAACGCGAUUGCAGGGUUCGAUCGAAUCUCUCUCUCUCCCCCCUCUCUCCUCCCCUCUCAUCAGGAAACGAAAUUCUAGGGUUUUUCAUUUAUUCCCCUCUCUCUCUUUCUUUCCCACAGAUUCUAGGGUUCUCUCUCUCGGUUUCAGGAGAUCAUCGCUUCGGAUUUAGAUUCGCAGAUCUGAGUUUCUAGGGUUUGGAAGAGCUCAAUUCCGCGUUUAAUGAUGUUCUGGCGUAUGGCGGGACUGUCUACCGCUUCCCCGGUGGACUCCAUUCUAGAUAAAGACAACUAUACUCUAGAAGAGCUCCUUGAUGAGGAUGAAAUAAUUCAAGAAUGCAAAGCCCUCAACAGUCGCCUCAUCAAUUUUCUACGAGAAAGGUCUCAGGUGGAGCAAUUGGUUCGAUAUAUUGUAGAAGAAGCUCCUGAGGAUGCCGAAAAGCGACGCACUUUCAAGUUUCCAUUUAUUGCCUGUGAAAUAUUUACUUGUGAAGUUGAUAUUAUACUCAAAACCUUAGUAGAGGAUGCGGAGUUGAUGCAUUUGCUUUUCUCCUUCCUGGAACCCGACCACUUACAUAGUACAUUGCUAGCUGGGUACUUCAGCAAAGUUGUCAUAUGCUUGAUGAUGCGGAAGACGGUCCCAUUCAUGAAUUUUGUUCAAGGUCAUCAAGAAAUUUUCCACCAACUGGUUGAUCUAAUUGGCAUUACAUCCAUAACAGAGGUUUUGAUACGCUUAAUUGGUGCUGAUGAACAUAUGUAUACCAACUAUAUGGAUGCAGUGCAAUGGUUAGAAGAAACAGAUGUGCUUGAGAUGAUUGUGGAUAAGUUCAGCUCAUCAGAUUCUCCUGAAGUUCAUGCAAAUGCAGCAGAAAUCCUUUGUGCUAUAACUCGAUAUGCUCCUCCUGGGCUUGGUGCUAAAAUCUACAGCCCUAGCUUUGUGGGAAGAUUAUUUCGUCAUGCACUUGAAGAUUCAAGACCAAAAUCUGUGUUAGUCAACUCGUUGUCUGUAUGCAUAUCUUUGCUUGACCCUAAAAGAUUCACAACAGCUACUUAUCAUGGAUUUCGAGGCCAGCUUGUUCAUGGGUCGUCAGUAACUGCCAAUCCAGAAACAGUCGAAGGCAUGCUGGAAAGCCUCGGCAAUUUACUCAAGCUUUUGGAUAUCUCUACUACUGAGCCUGGGUUGCCCACCACAUAUGGCAAGCUGCAGCCUCCUCUUGGGAAACAUCGCUUGAAGAUUGUGGAGUUCAUCUCCGUUUUACUGACAGUUGGUAGCGAAGCUGCUGAAAAGGAAUUGAUUCAAUUAGGGGCUAUACAGCGUAUUCUAGAUUUGUUUUUUGAGUAUCCAUACAAUAACUUCUUGCAUCACCACGUGGAGAAUAUAAUUGUGUCAUGCUUGGAGAACAAGAGGGAUCAACUGAUUGGACAUCUUCUCCAAGAUUGUGACAUUGUUGGGAAAAUUCUUGGAGCAGAAAAGCAUUUCACACUGUCGACUGAUUCAAAUAAGCCGACAGUGCCUGCUGAGGGAAGACCGCCUCCCAAGAUUGGGAAUAUUGGACACCUGACCCGUAUUUCUAACAAGCUCGUUCAACUGGCGAAUAACAACAGCCAAAUACAGGCAUAUCUGCAGGAAAAUAACGAAUGGCUUGAUUGGCAUACAAAUGUCCUGCUGAAACGGAAUUCCUUGGAAAAUGUGUAUCAAUGGGCCUGCGGGCGGCCAACUGCAUUACAGGAUCGAACUAGGGACAGCGAUGACGACGACUUCCGAGAUAGGGAUUAUGAUGUCGCGGCACUCGCAAAUAACUUGAGCCAGGCAUUUCGUUAUGGCAUUUACAGUAAUGAUGAUAUAGAAGAGGCUCAUGGGUCACUUGAACGAGACGAUGAGGACGUGUACUUUGAUGAUGAAUCUGCUGAAGUUGUGAUAUCUUCUCUGCGUCUGGGAGAUGACCAGGAUAGCUCUCUCUUCACAAACUCGAAUUGGUUUGCUUUUGAGGAUGACAGAGUUGUCAACGAGAGGUCGAUUGGCUCGCUUGCUUCACCAUCGCCCAGCAAGGAAGAGACUGGUCUGACUGGCAGUGGCAGCGACGAUGAGGUCAUUGUAGGCGAAGAUGAUGACUUAGUCGACACUGCAACAUCUUCGCAACUGCCUGGUACAGUGACUAAUCCAGAGGGUUCUGGAGCCAAAGUCUUCCCAAAUGGGCUGAUUGAAAAGUCAGAAGAAAAUCGACCAUCAAGUCCCAACGAAGGCGAUAGGCCACCAGAAUGGGUUGAGUGGAGAGAGACAAAAGAUCCUGGUGAUGCAUCCAAGGCGGACCCACCUGCAACCAUACCAAAUGGUGGGAUUGAAGUCGAAGCAAAAGAUGAGAUGCAUGGUGGGCUUGACGUGGAUUUGGCUGAACCAUCCCCAUCAUCCAGCAAUGCAGUAGUAAAUGGGGGGAUUGCUGGUCCUGAAAACGAUAAUGGUGAGAACUUGAGUACUGAGCAAGCCAAACCUGGCGACGGGAGUCCAAGGCCCAACGACCUAUCUUCUCCAGAAGAGGACACGAAGAUUGCUGAAGGCAUGACAGAGGGUGUAGCCACAGGACCUGAGGAGCUUCGCAAAGCAGUCGAAAAUGAAGCCUGACAACAGCAGGAGCUAGGAUCUAUGGCUCAACAGAAGUUUCACAACCUCGUCUGAGGGAGACGCAUCGAGCGGGCACCUGCCAGUUGGAAGAUGGCGUCGGGCCGAUCAGCUAGUGCAAGUGUAGAGCUUUUGUAAAUCUCUGAAGUGCUUUGGUUUUGGAGGCUGAUACAUUCUUCCUCCGUCCAUGGUCGGCACUGUAAAAAAGUAUAUAUAUCGAGUGACCUUGUUCUUAACACGAGGAAGAGUGAAGAGGGCAGGUUCUCGGUUAUCCAUUUCAGAUGGUGAUUUAGCUUCUUAGCUCUUUUUUGUUUUUUAUUUUUUAUUUUUAUCUUUAUACGUUUCACGUCAUCAUAAAAUUGUUAUCCUUUGUGUAUUGCAGUCA